AUGCAGAUCGACCGCCUACCAACCGAACAUCCAGGCUCAGAACAAAAGGAAAGUAGUAGGAGCAGUGGCUCUUCCAGCCUUGACUUUAACCAGAUGAUGGCCACCAGCCGUCCGGGUCAACACUUCCGGGAGCGCAGGUCUGCCAGUUUUGACUGCGGCUCCCGUUUACCACCCUCUCUGCCACUGGUUGAUAGUCUAGGUGGCUUCGAUGACUUUGUACAUGAUAAUGGUUUUCCAUACGAUGACAUCGAUGCAGCCCCUACCCCUACCGUUCCUGCAGGCCCCCGACGCAACAAUUCUCCUCCUCUCCGCGAAUUCCCCUAUACCCAAACCUUUCCAACCAGCAUGCGCACGCCUGCCUUGGCCCGCAAGAACAGCAGCAAAUCAGCGAGGAGCAUGCACAUAAAAAAGGGACGCUCGGAUACCCUUGGGACCGCGACUAUCCGGGGUCACGGGUAUAGUUCAAGACCAUAUCGUGGUCCUAUACCGGAUUUCCAUCCUAUACCAUCCUACAACAACCUGCAACCCGCUCCCAGUCCGACGGUUGCAUUCCACAAAUCCUCCUACCUCGCUCCGCAGCCAGUGGUCAAUACCCCUUCACCUGCCCCAAAGGAGCGUCCUGGAUUUUUCCGUCGUGUUUUUGGGGGUGGUUCCUCAAAAUCGCAAACCCAAACGCAGUCCGAAUCUCAAUCUCCAUGCAGCCAGCAGGAGAAUGGUAGCCCCCGGCGGCCACAGGAGCAGUAUCAAAGUGCUAUUACUCCCAAUUUGUCCAAGGGACAGAAACAACUACUGCAAAAGGAGCACGCCAUAUCAACAGGAAACAAUAACACAUCGAGCCGCGAAAAUACACCCGUAAUAACCAAGAAGCCUUCAUCUUUCUUCCGCCGUCGCAAGAAGUCCAUCACAGAUCACGUUCCGCCGCCAUUGAUACUGCCGCAGUCUAAUAUACGUACUGCUGCUGUUGAUACUAACUUUUUGAAGCCAGAUCCUUUGAAACUCGACCACUGUCAAGCUGUCGGCCUGGGUGGGCCCGAACCAAGUCCCGUUAGCAGUCUUAGGAGAGUGAUGAAGCCGUACUUGAAUGCGCCAUAUCUGGUGGAUGACGAUACGAAUCUUGAUGAUGCGGAUAAUGAGGUUUCGGGCAGCGAGAUGCUGUUGUCUGCUGCUGAUACUAUGCGCUCUGCCACCACCGCUGCCACAACUAAUAUGAAUAAAAUUGAUAGUUCCAAAGAGCGAUCGUUGACCCAGGUGACGAACCCUAGUUAUCUGGACACAAAUAAGGACAAUAGUAGUGACAACAAUCUCCAUUCCAAAAACCCGAGGAAUGGAAGCUCGAUAAAUUCCAAACCUGGACUAAAUCUCAAUCUGCCUUCACAUGAUCGUGAAGAUUCGUUCCUGGAGGACAGCAUUGGCAAAGAGGGGAAUAGUCCAGCAAACCCUAAUUCUAAUGAGAGAUCUGGAUCUGGACGGCCCAUGACUAGCCCCAAUGCCCAGAGUCAUAUGAAAUCAAUGAUGACGAAAAAUUCCCAGGAUUCGAUGAAUGGUGGAUUGAAAACUUUUGGAACAAAUGGAAAGGCAACUUCGAGUGCGACUGGUUCUGGUUCUGGUUCCCGCGCGUCACAUGCUGUCUCACAUCAACAACCACAACAACAACACACACCAUCUUUACAAAGUAAACAUAGUGCAAUUGAUGAGAUAUCUGCAGCUAUGACAAACUCCGCAUCUAUGCAGUGUCUGAGUGAUAAUGAGAAUUCCCAUGCUCAUCCUAGACGACAAUUGCAGAGUGACGAGAACGAUUGGUUUGAGAAUGAUUCCUCCGUGGAAGCUCCCAACAAUAGGGUGAAUCGACCAGGGGAGGGAAACAGUAUAUCCCCGCGCGCCUCAUUGUCGACCGUCUCCAAUUAUCAUACUGCGUUGAAUACUCCUAGUAUUCCUGAUGAUGAUGCGACUGUUAGAAGGAGUAAGCCGCCAACGCUCCCACCACUGCAGAUGGAGAUACACACCGAGCACGAGCAUGAACUCAAACGGGAUGAUGGAAAGGUGGAUAUUGAUAAUAUUAUUAAUGAUGAUGAUAAUGAUGGCGAGGAUGAGGGUGACACUACCAUUCUUGCCAGUAAUUCUGUUAGCGGGGAACCAUCAGAAGUGGACAGAGCGCAAGCGCAAAGGAUAUUCGACGAAGCUGAGGAUUAUCGAGAUCGACAUGACAAGGAGCCUGCUGCUGCGUGGUUGGGGAAUCCCGGCCGUGCCAUGGUUCGAAAAGCGUAUAUGGAACUUUUCGAUUGGAGGAAUGUGAAUAUUUUGAUGGCGUUGAGGGGGCUGUGUGGACGGCUUACGUUAAAGGGAGAGACACAGCAGGUUGAUAGGAUUUUGGAUGCGUUUUCGUCUAGGUGGUGUGAGUGUAAUGAGGAGCAUGGGUUUAUGGCGACGGACGUUGUACAUACAAUAUGCUACUCUCUACUGCUCUUGAAUACCGAUCUCCACAUUGCUGAUAUCGAGCAGAAAAUGACGAGAACCUUUGAGCGUUCACACUUGGGAAAUCUUUCUAGCAAGCCGCGAACGGUAGUGAGGGCCAGCGGGACUGCCAGCGCUCUUGCUGGGAAGUCGCCUACGCUUCCUCCUGUUCAGCACAAGGGUCACGGCUCGCUGGAUAUCAACGUUCCCAGCAGCAAUCUGUCGAAACCAGUCGACGCCACGGCGAGGACGAACUCUAUGUGUACCAUUUCGACAAACUUAAAUGCUGAAGUUUCUUCGGCUGAUGCAGGUCCGCUGGUUUCAACGCCAUUCCGCGGCACUCAGCGGGCGUGGGAAGUACAGAUUGAAUCCGUUCUGAAGGAUUUCUAUAAUUCAAUUCAGAAACAGAUGUUGCCUCUGCGCGGGGCGCCUGCAGAGACUGAGGAAUACAAUCAUCAGCAGCAUUCGAGCAACUUUCUGACGUUGACGGGGAACAUGCUCCGGCGGACUCCUAGCACAUUGAGCAAGAGCGGGUCCGACGUUUGCCAGAGGGGUCGGACUAAUGAAAAUCGAUUAUCGACAGUGCGCUGGUCGUCGAAACCUAGGUCUCGCCCGAGAAUGUAUCCUACGUCCAAUAUCGGUUCUAGCCGUACCAGUCUUGAUGAGCAGUCCUCUCUCUGGUCGCCGUCUGCGUCGAGCACAUGGAGCAAACAUUCACUGCCCAAGACGAUAUUGUCAAUGUCUGUCGAUUCUUUUGGGCCCGAAUAUCCUCGAGGAGACUACCAGCAGUCUAUCGGCUUUGCGAAUGCCUUGAGCCAUGCGAUUAUCCGUGAGGAUUCCGCCAAUGCCAAUGCCAUGGCCGGCAUGGAUGAUCCGGCGCGCGCAGCUUCGUUGCUGGACGACGAGACGCUGGAGCUCGCGGGGGCACCAUGGGCCAAGGAAGGGAGUUUGAAACAUAAGCAUCACCUCGACUCUGUCGAUAAGCGGUCUAAGGAUCGGAAUUGGAAUGAGUCUUUCGCUGUCAUACAGCGGGGCUGGAUGCGACUGUUUUCGUUCAACGCGUCGACAAAAUCGAUGCGUGUGAAGUCGAAGAACAGGCAGAAUGGUAGUGGUAGUGGCGGCCUUGUCGUGGGCGGCGGCAACUGGACUGAGAAUGCAGAAGAGACGUGGAAGUUUUUGCUGCGCCAGACUAUUGCCAGCGCGCUGCCGUCGCCAGGCUACUCCAAGUCGCGCCCGCACGUGUGGGCUCUCAGCUUACCCACUGGCGCCGUCCAUCUGUUCCAGGUCGGCACGCCGGAGAUCGUCAAGGAGUUCGUCUCGUCAGCUAACUACUGGAGCGCCCGAUUAUCCAAGGAACCACUAUUUGGUGGCAUCAGUAACAUUGAAUACGGCUGGAGUGCAGCAGUGAUCAACACAGCUCUCAUCCAAAACAGCAGUGACCCCUCCUCCCCACCACCGACAACAACAACAACAACCACCUCCUCCAGCGCGCCCCGACCAAGUUUCCAAAGCUCACUGCGCACCUCACUGGAUCAGCAAAGCGGAGCGCACGGUAGCGUCCGCGCCCGCCUCCCGGCAGACCGCAUCCAUAUCGCAGACUGGACGCCGCCGCAGCAAAGCAUGAUGGCCUCGACGCUCACGGAGGCGGAGCAACUGAACACGCUGCGCAGGUACGUGAAGCAUGUGGAGGAGGAGUUGCAAAGGCAUAAUGAGCUGCGGUCGGCUAUGGGGUUGGCGUUUACGCCCGGGCCAUCCGAAUGCGGGGAAAGGCGAUGGCAAAUUGGGAAGAGGAAGAGUUCGUAUUUUGCUUCGGAAGAUUGUGAAGUUUCGGAACGAAUAUGGAUUGGUUUGUGGUUGGCGGGGGGGUUUGAAGGAAGGGAAUGA